CUAAGAAACUGGUUUCUCUAUUUUAGGAUAAUGAGAGCCGCUAUUGCUACACUCUUCAUAAACUCAGCCAUUUUUGGUUACCCUAUUGAAUUAAUAUCAAAAUCAACUCGGAGCAACGUAGAUCCUGCAUGUACUGAUGAAAACUCUACUUCAUCGCUAAGCUACAUACCAGGGCUUCAAAUUCCUCGAGGUCAAGAAAUAAGGCACCGUCGUGAAAUCAUCGCAGUAAACCAAAAUAAUAGUAUUGUUCCAUACAUACAAAAUGGGGCUUUUACAAUAUUGAAGCCCAAGCCAAAGGACGUUAAAAACCCUGACGUUAUAGAGUUUGAGGCUCAGCACAUAACCGACGAUGAGUGGCUAAUCCAAAUUGCUCAUUGGGCUAAUGAAGCUAAGGAAGGUCCUUGGGCGGUUCAAAGUGCUGUAGCAACGGUACUGAGGGUACACCUAGCUCAAGUUGCGGCUACGCGGAGUCAGAAUAAUAUUCUAGAGCAGGGACUAUUGCUUCAUCAUCCUGACACAUCCGUCGAUCAACAGGGUCUAUCUAGUCUUGAACCUCCGAGACAAGGUUUUCGUAUGGAACAACAUGAGCGAAGCAAAUCAUUCGAGCAUGAACUGUCUCAACUUCGUAUUGAACCCGAUGAGAUAGAUGCUACUUCCUCUUCUAUUUCUGCUGCCAGCUCUACUUCUAAUCGUAAUUCUACUUCUACUCGUAGUUCUACUUCUGCUCGCAGUUCUAUUUCUGCUCGUAGUUCUGUUUCUGCUCGUAGUUCUAUUUCGGCUCGUAGCUCUACUUCUAGUUCUACUUCUCGGCCUACUAACCGUUCUAGUUCUGGUUCUAGUAAACAUCUAAUCUCACCUAGACUUAAAAUGAGGGACCUACGAUCGUUAAUUAAACUUUCUAAAAGCAGCACAUGUAACAAAAAAUAAUGUGCAACGAAUGUAUAAGUCUGUUGAUCACACGUAAAAAACAAUAGAUAAAGUAUCUUUUAAAGUAUCUUUGAAGAAGUAAAUUUUGAUUUUUUCGGGCGUCGGAGGGUGGGUUUACCUAAGGAAGAAAGUACGAAAAUCGGGAUUCAAAAAAUAAAAAUUUCGCAUCGAACAUUAUACAUUUUUUAUUUUCAUGUUCAAAGUGACAGUAUGCAGAUUAUUUAAUUUUGAUAAUAAUUGUAUUAACUUUAUUUUCUUUAGAAUGCUUGGAAAAAUGAUAAUCAGUUUUUUUGUAAUGUUUUUUUUUCAAGCCGUUUUUUUAUGAUAGAAUACCUAUCUUGCAGACGUUACAAACCUUCUGCCUUUAAAGCCGUUGUUUUCUUUAGCACAGCGAAAAAUUAGUAAACAAGUCAAGGAAUAAUCAUAAGUAUAUUUUUUGCUCAAACCUUUUGAUGCAAAUUGAGGCAAUCAUCGAAGAUAUUCAUAUUUCAAAAUUGAGCAUUCUUGUUCAAAAUAUUCAAAAUAUCGAUUCUAUUGAGACGCAUUUCAUAAAUAAAUUUAAACAGCAACGAAAUAAAAUUUUAGAACAAUGUUAAUAAUUAGUUACAUGUUAAUAUUUUGUGGCAGUCAGUAGAUUAUUUUUAAAGUGAUAAAGUAAGAUGAAAUGAAUGAAAUAUGUCAAUAAAUCUUGUUAUCCAGUCUAAAGCGGAAGCUUAU